UCUCUGAAGAAUCUUCCUUUUCCAAAAUUUCCACAUGACAUCCCUCGUUCCUACGUUGAUUUCUUGAGAAGAUACUUUGAGAAAAAAACUGCUGAUGGGAUAGUUCACUUUAAAGUUCUUUAUUCGCCAUGCCCAGUAAGCGAGCUUCAACAAGCAAGUGAAAUUAAACCAAAUAUUUUUGAAAAACGUGAACGGGAAAAAGAGAUGAGGAACACUAUCUUAACAAUGCUUCACUUGAAGGAUUGUACUGCCACUACAGAGGUACAAGAACUCUUGACUCUUAUACUUGAUACAUUUCUUACUGAUCUGUGUAUGAGCCUUAAGCACUAUGAAAAUGAAAAGGAUCCUUUAAAUGCUGCAUUACCAGUUGCAAUGGGUUGCAUCAAGGGUGUAAAAGAUUUGAGAGAUUUUUAUGUAACAGAAGUAGUUGAAAGACAUGCUGUUAUUUUCCGAGAAUGUUUCAUAAGAUAUAGGAAGUUUUUGAAACAUAGAAGGUUUAUAAAGAAAAAUACCACAUACUGGUUUAAAAAGGUGAAGAAGUUUCCAAAGGUUUCUUUGAAUCCUCAACGAGUUUCCAGUAGAAGAGCCACUAGGAGAUCCGACUAUUCUCAUCAAAAUAAAAGAACUGCUACUUUUGUGAAACCAUUGCCACGUUCAGAACUAAAACAAUCCUCAACUGUAUUUGAAUCUAAGGACACUACAGAUGACGAAAAAAUGGAAUGUGAAAGUUGAAAGAAAAGUGUUUAGAUUGAAGAUAAAAUGUUGAAGAGUAAAAAAUGUCGAAACACAAAAAAAUCCAUAAAAGAAGUAUGAACAAAAUAUGAUAGCAGCGUAAAUAAAGCAAAUUGUCUGAAAAUGCAGCAAAUAGCUGUUUCAAGGACAGUAUUUUUACCGAAUAGGUCAAAUUAUAUAUUACCCAGUGUGAAUGUAGGACAUGGGAAUGAAAAUAACUAAGCUGUAAACCAAGGAUCAAAAAAGCCUGCGACUUAGAAAUCAACCGAGAGCACAGAACAAGGAACAAAAACAACCAAUAAAAAGUCUAAGAGCAAAGAAGGGGAGUGAAAGACUUGCAGAAAAAGCAGUUAUAAAAAUUGCUUUCAAAUAUUAGGAAAAAUGGAUUACUGAAAAAAUGCCCGGAGAAUGACGAUUUUUCCAAAUAUGAAUAUAUUUUCCGAAAAUCAGAGUCACUGACCAAGGAACAUUUACUAACGUAUAAUUCUAGCAGAGAAAAAUCUGAACAAUACUGAGACAUCCAAGAGUUUAUGAGUUCUUUAUGCUUAACAUAGUUUUCAUGCAAUGUUAGAUGGCGGUUGAGGGGAGGGCAUGCUUAGACUGACCAAUGUAAGUUAAACCACAUUUGCAAGCAAUAUUCUAAAUACCUUAGUUGCUAUGACAAUCAAUAGGACAUUUCAAUUUAGUAAGCUUAGUCUUACAGAAGAAAAUGCAAUGUCUAAACCAAACUUUUUUUUCAAUAUUUUAGCUACUUUAACUAACUUUUGGAUGAAAAGACAAAACAAUAGUGUAAGCAGAUGUAGAGACAGAACCAUUUUCUGAAGGAAGGAACUAAAUUAAUCCAUUAUAAAAAGCUUCAAUGAUAUUAGGCCAAUAGCCACAAUCUAAAGCCUCAGUAAGACAGCUCAGUAUGUAAAGAUUUCCAUAAAAUAAAUGUUCCAAGCAUAUAGCACAAAAGCAUUAAUAGGUGCCAACUUUUGAUUCAGAUAACCGGAAGGGAAUUUGUCAGGAGGUAGUGAAACAGUGUAAAGUUUGCAAAAUUGCUAAAUCAUAAAUUUCAUUAAAAACACCCAUGACACUAUGGAAGACCAGUAGCAAUUGCUGUGUUACAUUUAUUGCUAGUUAAUUGCUAUGUCAAAUGUAACUAAGCCAUACUACCAACAGAGUGGCGUGGCAUAGUUACGCAUUGGCCUCUUUUUUGUGCUCAUAGUUGUAAGUACAAAAACAGCUCCAGUCAAUGGAUUUUCAAGAUGCAGAAAAAUCUUCAGUAUACAUGCCGUAUGAUUAUGUAACGUAUAAAAAAUCCUGUGAGUAUUCGUUUGGACUUAAAUACUUUUGAGAAAAUUUGAAUCCUAGUGCAGUUUCGCAUCUUCGAUAAGAGCCCAGGUGCCUCCAUAUGGUAAAAAAAACUUAGGUGUCAAAAUGCAAGUGAUAAUAGCACCUACAGUGGUGCCACAUUAAAAAAUCAAUGUCAACUUUUAGAAGACACACUAAGUUGACAAGUGGUGAAAACUCAAUAUGCAGCAGCAAAAUAUAAUACAAACAAAACUAAAUGUAACUUAAUGAGUUAAAACAUUUAGCAGCAAAUGUACAUUUUUGAUAUU